AUGUCGGGCGACGCGGCGGAGGCGCAGAGAGCGAGGGCCGCCAACGGCAGCGGCGGCGGCGGCGGCGGGAGCAGCAACCGGAUUCAGGUGUCCAACACCAAGAAACCCCUCUUCUUCUACGUCAACCUCGCCAAGAGGUACAUGCAGCAGCACGGCGAGGUCGAGCUCUCCGCGCUCGGCAUGGCCAUAGCAACGGUCGUGACAGUGGCAGAGAUUCUGAAGAACAAUGGUUUCGCAUUCGAGACAAGGAUUAGGACAUCUACUGUGGAAAUCAAGGAUGAGAUGAGAGGGCGGCCAAUCCAAAAGGAUAUCAUUCAGAUAUUGUUCUUUUUACCCCAACAUUCUUCCCCGGGGAAUAUUUACGUUGAAUGUUUUGCGCAGAUUGAGAUAGUGCUGCGGAAGAGCGAUAAGUUUGAUGAGUUGAUGGCCACAGCUGCGGAGGAGGCAGCAGAAGACGAGGAGGAGCAGACCUAG